ACUCGUCCGUUCUACGCAUUCGCGCUGUACACCGCCGCGCCUACUCGCACCCCUCGCCGCCCUCCCCUAGCGCACGGUAGAAACUCUUUUCACCCUCCGACGGCCGUCCCGUCAUUCAUUCACUCCUUCCCCCCUUCCGGAAGUAGAAAGGAUAUGCCCCCAGGUUCCCCUCAGCAUACAUGCCCCUGAUCGCUUGCUGUUCCAGCAUCUUCAGGUCCACCUUUAGCUCCUCCUCUCUGCAUCUCUCCGGCCCUGGUCCCGACUUGUUUUUCUCCCGCGCUCGAUCGCCUCCUCAUUCAUUCAUUCGGUCAGUUCUCCUCGAGUCGGAGCAGUCUUCCGAGCGAGCGCUGAACCGAGAAGUCACUCUCACCCCUGCCCAGCAGCAGCAGCAGCAGCAGCCAGCGUUAGUCUCGAGGGAGAGACGAGACGGAAAGCAAAGCCGAGAGCGCUCUUUCGCGCGCAGUCGUUGCGCGGCUCGCAAAGCCCUCGCUGGUACGACGGACGUUCCGCAGCCAGGGGAGGUCUUUCAGACGGAAUCUUCUUUGCAAUUCGACAGUAGCUCUGCCCGCGCCGCUGUGCUCGGCCUGUCUUGGCAAUCCAUCGGAUGUAUCACCCGAGAUGAGGAGGAACUGAUGAAGUCCCGUUCUGUAAAGGAGAGGCCGAGUCUUUCGUCGGAAGAGUAGAGGUUCAAGGAGUGUUGGAUUUCUGUUUUUCGUCCGGGUUAUAAAGGUAGAGGUCGGCGGUGGGAGAACAGGUUCAUCUUUCAGUUUGGAAGAUGGUGGUGCGAAUGCGUGUUUCUUCCAUUCUGUAAUCAGCAGCCGGCCAGAACGGGUCGUACUCGAGGGUAGUAAUCGGGGAGCAAAACGCGCCAUUUGAGGUCGUGCAGAGAGCACUUGCCUCAGCGGGUUUUCCCAUCUUUUCUCAUCGAUAGAGCUUGAAUUUUUUGGCUCCUGUGAGUUAACGAAAAUGCGGGCUCCUGCGCCUGCCACCCAUGAUGCUCCCAAGCAGAAACCCGAUGUUUCGUGCUCGUAUAUUCUGAUGGUGCAGCAUCUCAUAGAACGUUGCCUUCUUCUGUACAUGGAUCGAGAAGAUUGUGUGAGGGCUCUCGCGAAGUACGCGAGGGUGAAGCCCGUGAUUACGAAUACUGUGUGGAAAGAACUAGAGAAGGAAAACAAGGAGUUUUUCUCUGCGUACUCCAAGCACCGAGCGUCCAGACAUGUGCGUGUUUUUAGUCAGGUUCUAGAGGAGGCCACAACUAAGCUUUGUGCCCAAAAGUUGGAGUGCCCUGAAAUUCUGAGAGGAUCUAGCGAAGCGCCGCUUCAACCAUGCCCCGCUCCAGUGAGCUCGUGAUGUGGGAAUGGUGAAUUGAGGGUAUUACGACACAUGGCUGUACGUUAUGCUGAGGACGAGACGAAAAGCCUUCGGAGGAGUAGCGAGCAAAGAACAGCAGCCGCUCUUCCCACUGUAACAUUUUGUAUAUGAUGAUCCUAUUGUUUGAGAGCGUUCGGACGUGUCGUAACCAUUUUACGAUCGUAUACAAGCGUAGUCCACGCCGAGGCUAGAGAACGCUUCCUCUUUAAGUACAGAAUUUAGUAACUACAGUUUAACUGGGAGUUUGAGAGUUGUCGUCUAGUGUCACAUAUCGAGUUUGGCCUGGCAGUGUUGUCUUUUUUGUGGGGGACUUGCCGGCAACCCCUUGUACAAUUUGUAUACAGAAAGACAUCACAAUUUUUUGCCCCGGGUGUCAACUUGCGGGCCUGCGAUCAUGUAGGAACAGAAGCGGAGACAGUAGGAAAUGUGGAAUAUAGCAUUAUAAUGAAAGAUUCCAUCAUUUGUUGACAG